AUGGGGUCCGAAAAGAAGGACGGGCCCUUCGUAGGCCUAUCCAACCCACGCUUGCCUUCGCUUGCGGCCGUGGACCGCUUGCACUGGGCCCGCUCUCCACGAUCUCAGUGUUCCCCGACCUCAUCCCCGGACCCGGCCUCGACGGCGAAGAGUGCAUCGUCCGAUAUGUCCUUAUCCUGUGUCACCCGCGGAAACUCCCACGAUGACUGCUCCUACUCGCGAUUUCUGGCAUGGGCUGCCGUCCAGCGCAAUGCCUCUCGCUUCAUGAGCUCCAGCGACAGGCUGUCUUGCCCCCUGAUAAGGUGCAGGAAACAGCUACCCGACCACGAGAGCAUGUUGAAGCACCUUGCCUCGUGCCCUCAGCUGCCCACUCGUGAGUACUGGUGUUACGACCACAUGCGAGUCGAGCACUUCGACGAUGCGAAAUGCAAGCGCUGUAUCAGCCACCCCUCCAGGAGGCGGAGGAUGCUCUCCAUGGCCAAGGGCUUCUUUUCGACCCUGGGCCACAAGUCGAAACGCGGCCCAGAGCUCGAGUUCGAUGUUGACGACGACACCGCGGCUUUGGCGCCACCGAGUUAUUUCGAAUCGCUUAGCUUCGAUCCGCCGGCUGAGCCAGAAUUGUCGUCGACAGAGAUCCUGGAAAUCGAUUCAACCGAGGUGGUGGUCACGCAAGCCCCAGUCGAUGCGGUCCCAAUCGUCGACCCCCAGGACCUGAUGCUCCCGGAACUGGACUCCACCAUGAUACCCUCACAAGCGCCACCGCAGUGGCAACCCGAGCUCUGGGACGUUCCGCAAUCGAGCAACAGAUUCACCGCUGCCGCUCCGACGUACGAGAGCGUACCUGCCAAACAGCCAGCUUCACAGGGGCAUUCACAAGACACCCCGUUUGGCCAGCAGGGUCCCCGUCCGGUUCCAGCUGCUUCGCGAAGCAAGCACCUUUCGCCGAGCUCGUCUGUCAGGUCCACAACUAGCACGAUGAGCAAUGUCAGCAACAUCAGUUCCGUCACAGCGGCCUCGUCCUUGUGGAGCACCCCGUCCACCGCGUGGUCGGGCUUUGAGACAAACUUAACAACGCCGUCAACAGGACUCAUUAGCCCUGUGGACAUCUGCCCGGAACAUGACUUUCCUGAUCUGGCAAAGCAAUGUCCUUCUGACCCACUGGGCAUGCUGCCCGAGCUGCCAGAACUUGAAGCCGACAUGCCAACCAUGCCUGAGCUGUCUUCUGGAGACUUCUUUUCUUUCGACACUGACCUGACCAAGUUGUCCUACCCGGACAAUUUUGUGCUUGAGGAGGAGAACAUCGAGCCAUCAGCGUUACAUUCAACUGAGGCUCAAGGCUCAGGCUCCAUCCAGUCCGAGACGAAAUCCCUUGUCGCUUCCGCGUGGGAUGCUCUGCAAGAGCACAUCGUCUCCUCCGCAGACAAAAUUCAACACAUCCAGAACAACCCUUUGGUUGAUCAACUGAAACUGCUAUCAGCCAAGACGAUCGCACAAAGAGGGUUCUCGAGUCUGCGCGGCAUCCUGGAGUCUCGUCCUUUCGCUCUUGUGGUAUACGGAGACGAUGCGACACGCCGGUCCAGCGACUUCUAUACCCAAUCGUUACUUUACUCGACCUGGUUCACGCCUGACAACCAGGCAUUCUAUCGGGAGGUGGUGAAGGCAAUCUGGCAGCCAGGCGAUAUGACAUUUGAGCAAUUGGAAUCACUCAAGGCGGCCCAGGCUGGGCAGCCAGGGUGGCCUCGCAGUGUCAAGGGCAAGGAGCGUGCAACGAGACCUUCCGGCGGUAUCACCAAGGGUCCGGACCCUCUUGUUACGACGGCGCUGCACUUUUUGGAUGUUGCUGAGAACAUCGCUGGCCUGGUCAAUGCAUUGAGCAUCCUCGUCAACCAGUAUCACAAUGUGGAUGGCCUAAUUGCCGAGCUGAGCAACGUGAACCAGGGAAUCAGCGGUGGCCUUAUACUUUCAACCCGUCGGUUCGAGUUAGAGGCUCUCCAAGCCGGACAGAGUUGUAUUGUCCCCGUCCAAUACUUCGAUGACUAUGUGCCACUGGUCCGCAGCCUUUGCGAUCCUAUCUACGAACUUGACAGCAGCCCUGAGGCUCCGCAGCGCCAACACUACUACACUCUGAGCAUGGCACUUAGUGAGGCUCUUAUCGUGGAGCUGGACGCCGCCCCGCUGGAUGCCGGUGAAAUCUCCGAGCUUGAGUCUGACGAUGACGCCCUGUUCGACUGCAUCAUCGACUCUCUUACCCCGAGUCUGACGGAUGACUUCAUUAUGGACAUGGACAUGGAAACGCAGCCAUUGCUGAGUCUGGAACAAGAAGAUGUUUCGAAGCCGACAGACUUGGGGAAGCCUACGCACCGAUCCACACCCCCGGAAGACAGCACAUCAGCUUCGAGCACGGAGAGCCCGUCUAGCACUGCCUUCCGGCCCAAGAAUGUCCUCCAGACGCCGGUCUCGCCCACCUCGCCACCGCAGCAAAAGCCCGAAACGGCAGACGCGUGCUGUGAGCUAUGUGGCUACCGCCCGAAAGGGGACCCCAGGUGGUUCCACGGCUCCAUGGCCAAGCACAAGAAGACGCAGCACUCGACGGAGCCACCCAAGAUCUACAAGUGCCCGUACCCAGAGUGCACCAGUGCCUACAAGAACCGACCGGACAACCUGAGGCAACACCAAAUAGAGAAGAAUCACUUCGUGGACGGCCAUGAUGGGGCGAGCAGGAGGCCCAGCAAGAGGAAGAAGAUGGCUUAA